AUCAAGACCGAAUUGGGACCGGACCGGAUCAAAACCGGACCGGAUCAAGACCGGACUGUAUCCAAUCUAAUCUUCGGUCCUUAUAUUUUCAAAAAGACCGGACUGGACCGGAUCAAUUUGGGCCAAUUUAACCGGACCGGACCGUAUAGCCACCCCUAGUGGUGGGUUUGUUUGCCACCCUACAUUCUUGAUUUGGGCUCGAAGGAGAUACCCCUUUCUUAAUGAAAGGAAAAAUGAUAUAUGGGCCGCUGGGCCGAAUCGGGCCCUUCUCGCAUUUCCCUCCAGAUAGAUAAGGCUGCGUUGGCUUUUCCUGCUCAGCCUACGAAAAGAGCGAUAACGAAAAUCAAAGAAUCAACCGCCUGAAACCAAGAACUGCAACAAGUAGUGUAGAGCUGACUGAGCUCCCUUUCUUCCUUCUGAUUCCUCCUUUCUCCUAUGCUAUAAAUGCAUUCUUCACCGUUGUCCAUCUCCGCCGCAUCCCUUACCAUCUUCACAAUCAAUCCUUGCCCGGAGGAUUGCCGCCGCUUCGCGUCAAAUGGCUUCUCUCCCUUUCUCCAGGCAAGGAAUACUAUCAGUAAUGGCACGCUACAAUCACCACCACCAGUAACUCGUCGGCGUAACUUGGCGCGGAAAUUCAAUGCGAAUUGCCGCGCGCUCCAGAGCGAUGGAGUCGCUGGAGGACAAACGGGGAAAGUAGAAGAAGAAGGAGAGGAAAGUUUGCAGCUAGUAACAGCUGUGCGAAGCAAGUACAACGACAUCGCAAUUGUCGAUACUCCUACCGCUAGGGUUCUGCUCCUCGACUCUACUCAUAGUGUGCAUAGCGUUCUUCAGAAGGGACAGAAAUGGACAGAUUCGUAUUGGGACGAGUUUGCAAGCUUACCGCCUAUAGUUCCAGAAGGUCCCAUUUCGAUACUAGGCCUGGGUGGUGGCACUGCUGCACAUCUGAUGCUUGACUUAUGGCCUUCAUUGGAGCUUGAAGGAUGGGAAAUUGAUGACAUUUUGAUCCAUAAAGCAAGAGUCUACUUCGGGCUAUCAGAUUUGGAGAAGCACACUCCAGCUGGUGGUAGACUUCAUGUUCGCAUCGGGGAUGCACUUUCCCCUGCUGAAAACGAUUAUGGGAGAUAUGCCGGCAUAAUUGUCGACUUGUUCAGUGAGGGAAAGGUGCUGCCACAACUGGAACUGGUCUCCACUUGGUUGGAAAUGAAGAGAAGAUUGAUGCCGGAUGGUCGCAUCAUGGUGAACUGUGCUGGCAUUCACGGGACAGCAGACUCAAUAGAUCGAACGAACCACAACCUUGAAGCGGCGCCUGGUGGAGACUGGGUUGAACACGACGUCAUCAAGGCGAUGUCUGAAGCAUUUCCCGGGCAGUUAUGUUGGAAGAGGAUGGAAGAAGAUAAGGGUGCAAACUACCUUGCAUUGACGGGCCCGCUUCCAGACCUGUCGUCAUGGUCCGCCAUGGUGCCAGAUCGUUUGAAGGCAAGUGUGGGACAGUGGAAGCCAUGUGAUUCCGCAAAAGGGAAACAGCAAUCAGCUCUCUAGGGCACUGAUAGAUAGAGAAAGGUAAAAAGCAGACGGUGGGCAGGGAGACAUGAUAAAAAGGGGUUGCCGUACUUGCACCACAAGGCACGCCAAAACACCAACGAACAACAAAUGGCGGAAUGAAGAAGAAUCAUUACACGGUGGUAUUAAUCAAGCAAAAGAAGAAUAAUAAACUGAUAAAGAUGAU